GCGCGGCGCGUGCGCGCGCGCAGCCGCGGCGGCGCAUUAUAAAUACAACUACUAGCCCUCGGCUCGAGCCGAGUGAAGUUGUCGGCGGAGUCACAGUGGUCGUAUGAUGGCGCAGUAUGUCGGCCGUCCGCGAUUCGCGCCGACGGCGAUCCUUUUGCCGCUCGUUGCUGUGUACGUCGCCGAGCUAGCGAAUGCCGGCGCGCCGACGUUCGUCCCGCCGACGCCCGCGGCGUCGGCGGCGACGGGGAGGAGCACGGAGACGGCGGCCAACGGCACCGGGCGUCGCGGCGACGUUACGUCGCGCGUGGUCCAGCCCGCGGUGAAUAAUUCGUUCGCGGUCGUCGCCAUCGUCACCGAGCCCCACGAUUACGGCGACAGUUGCCGCGGGCGCUUGGUCGAGUUCCUGGGCGCCGGCCUGAAUCGCGACCUCGCGCCACGAUGGUCGCCGUCGAGCCGCGAGUGCCCGCCGGGAGCGGACAACGCUCUGGACGCGGUGUGGACGUCGCCGUCGGGCAAGCGCGCGGUCUACCGAUUCCGCUCGCUCCCGGACACGAAGGUUACCACCGUCUACUUUUGCCUGAGAAACGGCAGCGACGACAAGUGGAGCAACCUCGGCGACAGCUACUUCAUUGAAUUCCGCCGGUACCAGGCGCGACCGGAAAGGUACUUUCGCACGCGACGCGACGACCCGUUCGAAGGUUUCCAAAGCACCCCGGACAACUACACGGACAUACAUAUCGAGGGGCUGCGGAUAGACACGGCCGACAAGGAGCCCAGUCACGACGACAAGGGUAUCCCUCGGAUCCUGGCCAGGUCCAAGGCGGUGAUUCGGCUGUUCGGCACCGGUAUCACGAGGGACACCCUGAUCGCCUUCACCGAUGUGCCGGCCGAACGGGGUGUCAUGUGCGACAAGAUCAAGAGCGACGAGUUUCCGGUGGAAAACGUAGAGGAAACCACGGCGACCGUACGCGUGACGCUUCCCCUGGGCUCGUCGUUUUACGUAUGCGCCAAACGGCCGUUGUACGAGAAGGAGAAAUUGAAGAAGGAUGACGUGCUGUUCAGGCACCAAGGCACCAAGCUGUACAACACUAUCAGCACAUAUGAGAAAUUACUACCGCUCUGGCUCACUAUCUUGAUCAUUCUCGUUUGUCUCAGUUUGUCCGCACUUUUCUCCGGUCUCAAUCUCGGUUUAAUGGCGAUAGAUAGGACCGAACUGAAAAUACUCGUCAACACUGGUACGGAAAAAGAGAGAAAGUAUGCAAGAACUAUUCAGCCAGUAAGAAAUCAUGGAAAUUACCUUUUGUGUUCGAUUCUGUUUUCCAACGUUCUUGUCAAUUCGAUAUUCACGAUAUUGCUGGAUGAGUUGACAUCCGGGAUUGUCGCAGUUAUCUGCUCGACGUUAGCUAUUGUCAUUUUUGGCGAGAUCUCGCCGCAGGCCUUUUGCAGCAGGCACGGAUUGUGCGUCGGCGCAAAGACCAUCUAUCUGACCAAAUUGACAAUGGCAAUCACCUUUCCAUUAAGUUAUCCAAUCAGCAAGUUGCUUGAUGUCCUUCUUGGUGAAGAGAUCGGGAAUGUAUAUAAUCGAGAACGCUUGAAAGAGUUGGUUAAGGUAACGAACGAAUACAACGAUUUAGAGAAAGAUGAAGUAAAUAUAAUUGCAGGAGCGUUAGAACUGCGAAAGAAGACCGUAAAGGAUGUAAUGACCAGAAUCGAAGAUGUAUACAUGUUGAACUAUAACGCUAUUCUAGACUUUGAAACUGUGUCUGAGAUUAUGAAAUCAGGAUUCUCACGUAUACCAGUGUACGAAGAUGUAAGAACGAACAUAGUAACGAUGCUGUAUAUCAAAGACCUCGCUUUCGUUGAUCCCGACGAUAACAUGCCUCUCAAGACACUUUGCCAAUUCUAUCAAAAUCCGUGUAAUUUUAUUUUUGAGGAUGUCACAUUGGACAUAAUGUUUAAACAAUUCAAGGAAGGUCACAAAGGUCACAUGGCUUUUGUGCAGAGAGUUAACAACGAGGGCGAAGGCGAUCCGUUUUACGAGGUGAUUGGUUUGGUAACGUUGGAGGAUGUUAUCGAAGAAUUAAUUCAGGCUGAGAUUAUUGACGAGACGGAUGUGUUUACGGAUAACAGGAGUAAACGUAAGAGACAGGUGCGUUCGAAAAUGCCAACGGAUUUUACUAUAUUUGCGGAGAAGAAGGAAAAUCAACGAAUUCACAUCUCGCCGCAAUUAACGUUGGCGAUGUUCCAGUACUUAUCAACAACUGUGGACUCGUUUAAACCCGAUGUUAUAUUGGAGACGAUCCUGCGACGUUUAUUGAAGCAAGAUAUUAUUUAUCACAUUAAAGUGAAAUCGCGCGAGAAAGCCAAAACCGAUCCAGCCGCGAUAAUUUAUCAGCAGGGAAAAGCGGUCGAUUACUUCGUGCUAAUUUUAGAAGGUCGCGUCGAAGUGACGGUGGGGAAGGAGAAUAUGAUGUUUGAGAGCGGUCCCUUCACGUAUUUCGGAUCGCAAGCCCUUACCGCUAACAUCGGCAUCGCCGAAUCGCCUACGAAUGCGAACCCGCAGACAGUCGGGAGCAUUCAGUCGGUCAAUUUGGAUUCUAUGCUGCGUCAUACCUUUAUACCAGACUACACAGUGCGCGCGGUGACCGAGGUAUUCUACGUAAAAGUCAAGAGAUCUCUGUAUCUCGCCGCGAAGCGCGCCACACUUUUGGAGAGAAGUCAAAAGGAUCCGAUGCCUAAUCAGGAACAGUUCGACGAUGAAGUGGAAAAGUUGCUGCACUCUCUUGAGGAGGACGAUCGCAGUGUACCUGAAUCUCCGAUAUUGCUCGCGGACAGAUCGACGGACAAUGAGAAGGGAAAGGGCUCCGUUAUUCAUUCGCCCAUACGCAGCGUAACGGCGCCUACGUCACCGCUUCCGGUCAGCGCCAGUCCGAUCACGAAUUCGAAGUUUGUCUCGCCGCUGAAUGAGGGGAAAGUCAAGAAUAAUUCAUUCCCAAAGGUACAAACGAGUCCAGUGGAAUUUCACGCUAAACGCGAUUCGUUGAACGCUCUCGACAUGGACAUUCUCGCUCGGCAGUCCGAGGUGGCACGAAUGUCGCCCACCGUGAAGAAGGUGAACGGCGAUGAAGAACGAACAAAUCUCUUGCCCAAACAGGAUAACUCUUAACGCUUGCAGAACGGCCGACGACACUCGGCACUGUCGGCGAAAUCGGUAAUGUUACGAGCAUCGAGCAACACAGAGCGUAACAUGCUGGCAUGACACAUUUUGUUACUGUGACAUUAGAACUUCACGAAUUACUUAGAUAUUUAUCGCGAGAGAGACGCCUCAUAUUUUUAGCGAUUGGCUUGGAGGCUGUACCCGACCCUCGGCUUUCGUGAGUCGUUAAGUUUCGUAGGUAUCAAAAGUCAGUUUGUAUCGUUAACUUGCAAAGAAGAGAGUAGCACGUGAUCGAUUAAUAGCAUUUCACACACACACACACACGCACGCGCGGGCGCACGCGCGAUAAAUGAUUAAGUCAAGAUAUAUAAUGAUUAAAGAAGGUACUUGUGUGGAAAAGAGGAAGAGAAUUAGGAUUUAUUUACUAACAUGUCUUAGGAUGAACAAAAGAAUUGCUUCCAUUUUACGAUUGCAUGUAUCAACGACUCCUCUGUCUUUGUUUUAGACAUCUUUUUACGUAUCUCUAGGUUUCACAGAGUGUGCAGCAUAUGUAAUGUUCUGUCAUGAUAUUACGCCAUGAUUGUUUCAACGCGGGUAAAAUGAACGACAUUGCGGGUACAGUUUUUAGCUGAUUUAGAGAAAAGUGAUAGAAACUACGCUGCAAUAAUGCCUUGACAUUAUUUUGAAUAUAUUUUAGUACGAAAGAUUCGUUAUAGAAACAAAAGUGAAAUAUAUGGAAUCAACCACACGGUCGAAUACUAUCAUUACAUAUAUAUAUUAGAAAACAGUACAAAUUAAAUGAAAACAGAAAAAAAUGUUUGAAGAAUGUUUGGUGUCUCUCGAAGGUCACUUUUCAAAAAACCAGAGAUUUUAGUUACAGCUUUUUUUUUAAGUUGUAUGUGAAUUUAAACGUACAUGAUAGCUUAAAUGGCCCAAUUAGCAAAGUAGCGGCAAAGAGAUGACUUGGUACAUAAUUAAUAUAAUUACUUGUACUUUUAUUACGUGCCUUAAAAAAUUCUCUAUAUAGAUAUUAUCGUUGUGUGUUUAAAUAUUUUUUUUUUACUAGGGGUAUUUCGUUCCGCUUUUUCUUCUCUUAAGAAACCGACGUUUCAUCGAUACGUUAGUUACAUUCCUAUCGUAACUGGCUCAGUCACGUACUUAUAUCAUUUCUUCUUGCAUUCAUUAUUCUAAUGAAAUGAUCUUGAGAUAAGUGCAGGAAACAUGUACUGUUUUUCUUACGACUUCCGUUAAGAUUAAGAAACAAAGUAAAAUUUUGUUUUUUUUUUCUUUGCUUGAGUUGCAUUUCAUCUUUCCUUAGCAACAAUUUAAUCGUUCCGAUUAGCAAACCAUAUGUAAUAUUAAGCUACGGAAAUUGUAUCUGUAUCAUACAAAUGUACAUAGGAAACGCAAGGAUUUAGUCCUCUCCUAGUGAACUUUAUCUAUUAGGUACUUAAUUUGUGAACUGACGACUGAUUGAUUUAUUAUCUUGAAGAACUGUUUUACGUGAAAAUAAAAGAUUAAAUGUUUGCUAAAGAAACAGAAUUAUUUACUUUAAGAAUAGAUUUUUUUAGCG